CCCUUCUUAGAAACUAAAAGAAAAAUACAAGAGCACUUUGUGUGAUGUGUGUGUACAUAUAAAUAUCAUGGUUCAUGCAUUGCAUGCUUCAUUUAAAUUUAGAGAGGGAUAGGCUUCAUUUUUUGGUCAGAAAUUUUUGCAUAGACCCAAAUUAAUGUUCACCUUUGGUCAAGCAGCACCCACCAAAAAACUUUGAUUUCCCAUUGCAGCAUAUUUUGUCAAGGCAAUCUUAUUCUUAUGGUAAAAGGAAAAAAAUAUUCAUUAGUCGGUAAGGGGAAAGUGAGAAGCAUAAAAUUGAGGCAAGGUUAUAUAGGUGUCUCAGCUUAGUUUAUAGGCACAUCACACAUCUUAUUGAAGUUCAUGAUUCAUCUCUAGUUCUUUUUUCUUAGACUUCGUUGACAACCAUUCUUUGCCUUUUAGAGCAUGGUGGGAAGCAUUAUGGGAGUGGUUCAUAAUGGAUACUCAAAUGGAAGUGUUGGUGUACAAAAUUGUAAUGGGGUGGAGGAGAAGCUUGAUUGUUUGAGAAGGCUUAUUGGGAAGGGUGAUGGUGACCCUUUGAGAAUUGUGAGUGUUGGAGCUGGUGCUUGGGGAAGUGUUUUUGCAGCUUUGCUACAAGACACUUAUGGGCAAUUUAGGGACAAGAUACAGAUCAGGAUAUGGAGAAGGGCAGGAAGGGCAGUGGAUAGAGCCACUGCUGAACAUCUCUUUGAGGUUAUCAACUCAAGGGAAGAUGUGUUGAGGAGGUUGAUCCGGCGUUGCGCUUAUCUCAAAUAUGUUGAGGCAAGGCUUGGUGAUAGGACCCUCUUUGCUGAUGAGAUUCUCAAAGAUGGUUUUUGCUUGAACAUGAUUGAUACACCACUUUGUCCUUUGAAGGUUGUCACAAACUUGCAAGAAGCUGUUUGGGAUGCUGAUAUUGUGGUCAAUGGCUUGCCUUCAACAGAAACAAGAGAGAUCUUUGAAGAGAUUAGUAAGUAUUGGAAGGAGAGAAUCACAGUGCCUAUAAUUAUCUCUUUGUCAAAGGGUAUAGAGGCUGCAUUGGAGCCUGUUCCACAUAUUAUAACUCCCACAAAGAUGAUUAACCAAGCAACUAGAGUGCCUAUGGAGAACAUACUUUAUCUUGGUGGUCCAAAUAUUGCCUCAGAAAUCUACAACAAGGAGUAUGCUAAUGCAAGAAUAUGUGGAGCUGAGAAAUGGAGGAAAGCUCUGGCAAAGUUUUUGCGCCAACCACACUUUAUUGUCUGGGAUAACAGUGAUCUCGUCACUCAUGAGGUCAUGGGUGGCUUGAAAAAUGUCUAUGCAAUUGGAGCUGGAAUGGUAGCAGCCCUUACAAAUGAGAGUGCCACAAGCAAAUCCGUGUACUUUGCACACUGCACGUCGGAAAUGAUAUUUAUCACUCACUUGUUGGCUGAAGAACCUGAGAAACUUGCAGGGCCAUUACUGGCUGACACUUAUGUGACCUUGUUAAAAGGUCGUAAUGCUUGGUAUGGCCAGAUGUUAGCUAAGGGUCAAUUAAGACCAGACAUGGGUGACAGCAUUAGUGGCAAAGGAAUGAUUCAGGGUGUGUCAGCAGUGGAGGCGUUCUUUGAACUUCUGAGCCAAUCUAGCCUGAAUGUGUUGCAUCCUGAAGAAAACAAACCUGUUGCUCCUGUAGAACUCUGCCCUAUCUUGAAGACACUCUACAAAAUUUUGAUAUCAAGGGAACAGUCAUCACAAGCUAUUCUGAAAGCCUUGAGGGAUGAAAAUCUGAAUGAUCCUCGUGAACGAAUUGAGAUUGCACAAAGCCAUGUUUUCUACAAGCCUUCACUUCUUGGACAGCCCUGAUUGUUUUCUCUCUUUGGUAAAAGUCAAAUGUGGAUGCAACAUAUGGGAAGCAUUUAUCAACUAAAAGGAAAUAUUUAAAUGAGCAUGGAUGUAUUGUUUUGUGAUGGAUUUUAUAUUACAUUGUUGUAUGUAUAUAUGUCAAAAUAUAAGCCACUAAGCAAUUGGACUGAUAACUCCCAAAAACACUACACUAGCCUUGCCCAACAGGACUCUGUAUGGUUAUGGAGAAACUUAGGUGAGAACUCACUACUGCCUGAUGGACACUACAACAUUGUUUUUGGAUUUUUUUUUCAUUAAUGGAAUGGAAUGGAAUAAGUGUGGAAGGGAUACAAAGGGAGUGGAAGGAAUGAAGCAAAGCUACCUUUUCUUCUUGCUUGGAAGAUUAAUGAGGGAUAGGAAUGGAAGUUAAAUUAUAAAGGUCUUGAAUGAAAUGUAAUAUGCUUAAUUAUGAACAAAGUUUAUUGCCCUUCCAUCUCAAUUUUGGAGAACAAAAACUGUGUAUUUGAGGAAAACAAAGGGGGAAUAGCUUCCCCUUAGGUUCCUUUCCCUUCCCAUCCAUUUCGAAACAAGAGGAUUAUUCCCCUUCCCCUUAUCACUUGUGUG